AUGUCUAUUAUUGUAGUUAACAGUGAAGCAAAUACCAGACGAAUAGCAAUGGUGGAGAGCUGUUUUGGAAGUUCUGGACAGCCUUUGGGAGUUCCUGGUAGAGUCCUUGUUGGUGAAGGAGUAUUGACGAAAAUGUGCAGAAAAAAACCAAAAACAAGACAGUUUUUUUUAUUCAAUGAUAUUCUGGUUUAUGGAAAUAUCAUCAUCAAUAAGAAGAAAUACAAUAAACAACAUAUCAUUCCCUUAGAAGAAGUCAAAUUAGAAAGUUUAGAAGAUGACAAUCAGUACAAAAAUGGCUGGUUGAUAAAAACUGCUUCAAAGUCUUUUGCUGUCUAUGCAGCAACUGCAGUUGAAAAGGGGGAAUGGAUGGCUCAUAUAAAUAAAUGUAUUGAUGAUUUACUCAGGAAAAGUGGCAAAAAAGCAGUAGCAGAACAUGCAGCAGUUUGGGUCCCAGAUGGUGAAGCACCUGUGUGUAUGCAUUGCAAGAAAUCCCAAUUUACACUGUUGAACAGAAGGCAUCACUGCCGUAAAUGUGGGGCAGUAGUAUGUGGCCCUUGCUCAAGUAAAAGAUUUUUGUUACCAAACCAGAGUUCCAAGCCUCUGAGAGUUUGUAUACACUGUUAUGAAACUCUGACACAGGCUAUCAACAAGAAUCACAACUCUCAUGAUGUGGCACAUAGAGGUGUGAAUGCAGAUUCUUCAGGAGAAGAAGAUUCUGAUGAUGAAGAAGAGAUCAAUAAGGGACAACCUGAAUCCCAUGAUCUGGUAAGUGUAUUCAGACCUCAAUUCAAAGGUUCACAAUAUUCAAUGCUUAGGAAUGAUAAUACCAAUGCCUAA